AUGUUUGGAAAUGCAACGCCAGAAAAAGCGAUCGCAUUUACCCAAUUUAUCGUGAGUUUAUCCUGCUGUUGGCCACUUCCAUCGACAGCCACCAAACUCCAAACGCGUUGUUUCAAGAUCAUAAGAUCAUUGUUAUUUCUCAAUUCACUUCUACUUUUCUUUCCAUUGUUGUACGCGGUAUACGUGAAUCGAAACGACAAUGCGAUGUUCUGUAAAGCAAUGUCUUUGUCACUUGCCGUUAUACAAGUGCCCUUACAUUCGUCUUUUUGUAUCACUCAGUAUGAUCGAUUUCAGCGAUUGAUCAAAGAGAUGAAAUUUUGCUGCGAGAAUGCAAACUCGUACGAGAGGCAAGUCUUUCAAGGAUACGCGAACAACUAUGCCAUUUUCUAUGGUAUUUCCGCAAUUUGGUUUUAUUGGUGCGCUCUUAUCGUUGUUGUGGGGACACUCUUCAUAUCCGAUCCCUUCCCAACUAACGCGGAAUAUCCAUUUCCCGUUCACUUCGAGCCCGUGAGAAGCAUAGUUUUUGUGCAACAAGCGCUCGUUGGUUUUCAAUGCUCCGCGCAUUUGUGCAUCAAUAUAUUUUGCGCGUUGCUAUUACUCUUCGCUGCUGCGCGCUUUGAAAUUUUGAUGAACGAACUCCGCGCUGUUGAAAAUAUCGAAUCGCUGAUAAAAUGCAUAGAAAAAUAUUACGCCAUCAGAAGAUACGCGGAAGAAGUGGUAAGCUCGGCUCGAUACACAACUCUAAUUACGUUAUGCAUCUGUGGCAUCGAAAGUGUGUUUGGUGGUGUCAUUUUUAUUGGGCGGCAACCGUUUACCGUGAAAUUUCAAUUUCUUACCGUGUCUGCAACUACUCUAUUAGCAGUAUUUAUGUGCGCGUGGCCAGCCGAUUAUUUAAUGGAUGUAAGUGAAAAUACGAUGCGAACGGUUUACGAAUCGGAAUGGUAUAAACGAUCUUUGAAAGUACAAAAAUUCGUAUUGUUUACGACGAUUCCACAAACUCCAGUGAUCUUAAGAAUCAGAUGCAUCAUUCCAGCUUUCUCGCUCAAUUAUUAUUGCUCGUUCAUCACGAACGUGCUUUCUAUGUUUACCGCGCUACGAGUCCUGAUGUAUAAAGAUGAAAAUUAA